AUGGCCAUGGCGUCCAUCUACCCUGAUAGCCCACCAGCCAUGCAGACCAGGGCUCAGGUCAAUCCGACUCUGAUGAUGAGCUGGUGGGCAACGGGGUUCUCCCUGGCCAUCAUCGUCGUACGUCUGUUUGGCCGCUACAUACGAGUCGAGCGCUUCUUCACCGAAGACAAAGUCAUGAUGAUCAGUGUCAUUCCACUGCUGAUUCGGAUGGUCUUGGUCCACUUUGUCCUCACCCUAGGAACCAACAACACCACCACGACCGAUUUAACAGAGCAGGACAUCCGCAACAGGGAACUAGGAAGUAAACUAGUUCUCGCUGCGCGCAUCUUCUAUGCAAUUUUUAUCUGGACCGCCAAAGUAACAGUCUGCGAGUUCCUCAAGAGAGUAACAGGCGUAACCUGGCGCCGCUCAACAACCUUCUUCCUCCGCUUCAUCAGCGUCUUCCUCUUCUCCACACUCGUCGCAGUAGUCAUCGCCACCUUGGCCGAAUGCCAACCCAUCCACCACUCCUGGCAGGUAAUCCCAGACCCAGGCCCAACCUGCCGAACCGGCUACGUGAACCUCAUCACAAUGGGCACCUGCGAUGUAAUAACCGACCUCCUCCUCAUCGCCUUCCCAGUCCCCAUAAUCCUGCUAGCAACCAUGCCCCUCAAACGCAAACUCGCUUUAGUAGCCCUCUUCUGCGGCUCCCUCCUCCUAGUCGGCAUAACCAGCUUCCGCGUCCCAUCCGUGAUAUCACACCAAGGUUCCCAACAAUAUCGCUCCCUCAUCGCAUCUCUAGAAAUCCUCGCUGCAACAGCCGUCUCAAACGCCCUCGUCAUCGGCUCUUUCGUUCGAGAUAGAGGAAUCAAGAAACUCAAAUACAAACGCGCUCAGGGCUCCGCCUCUGUCUCGGAAUCAAUGGAUAAAUCACACCUACGGAGAAACACUGUCAUGCAGAACCAAUGGGGCUCAGACUCAGACCUUGCAAAUGGUCUUUGCAUCAGACUCGAUUCAGACAUGUACCCAUCCAGAAUUGCGCCCCCUCUAGCUGUCGCACGGACAGGAUCCAUAGAUCCAUCUUGGUCAUUUGGAGACGACUCAUCUAAUAGCGAUAUCAAGGCGCCGCACGAUCUGGAAAUGAAUGACUCGCUACGCCCCACGUCUUCUCGUGGUGUCUCCUUCUCUGACGUCGGUGGUCUAUUGGCUACAGUACCGAAGAGCGAGGUAAAGCCAGGUAUAGUCUCGCCGGUUGCGUCGCAUCGUCGCGCUGGUAGGAGGGCUUUUCUUGAGGAUUGGGGCAUUGUGCCGCCUCGUCUGGCUGCUCCGGUGGUAUCUACAAGAUCCUCGGAUACGAAGCUUGACCCUGUUGAGUUGCAGGAUGUUGGUGGGCUAUUGUCCAAUCCGGGUCGAUCGUAG